UGCUCUAAAAAAAAGGCAGGAUCUUGUUACAGUGACUGAAAACAAAGCUGUGAAACAUUAGUGAGCCUAAAGUUGAAAAUCAGAGAAAUGAAGGAGAAGAUCAGCAGCGUUCUGGCGCUUUCUGCGUUAUUCACUCUGACGUGUUUCUCCGUGUUUUUACUCCACAGCAAAGACACUUUUUUGGUUUUUCCUUCGGUGCCGCAGCAGGUGGUGAAAAACACCAGGAGUGUUUUUGGAGCGAUGAUGGAUCGUGUUUGGGUAACAAAGACCCCAGACGUCUCCCUGAAAACAGCAGCAACCUCUAAACCUCUGGAUCCGUGUCCCGACACGCCUCCGUCUCUGGUGGGUCCACUUCUGGUCGAGUUUGAAACCAAACGAAGUCUGGAGUUGGUCAGGAAUCAGGUGGGGUCUCUGCUGCAGCAGGGAGGACGGUACAAACCCCCGAACUGCACCGCAAGGCACAAGGUGGCUGUUAUCGUCCCGUUCAGAAACCGCUCUGAACACCUGAACCACUGGCUCUACUACCUCCAUCCGGUCCUGAUGCGUCAGCAGCUGGACUACGGUGUGUACGUCAUCAACCAGGACGGAGACGGACCGUUCAACCGGGCCAAGCUGAUGAACAUCGGAUUCAAUGAAUCGCUGAAGGAAUACGAUUACGACUGUUUCGCCUUUUCGGAUGUAGACCUGGUGCCAAUAGACGACAGGAACCUCUACAGAUGUUCUGACCAUCCCAGACAUUUAUCAGUCGCUAUAGAUAAAUUUAACUACAUAUUAUCCUCAAAAACAGCCUUUGGUGGCGUCUCCCUGCUGACCCAGGAGCAGUUCCUGAAGGUCAACGGUUUCUCAAACACGUUCUGGGGCUGGGGCGGCGAGGACGACGACCUGUACAACAGGAUCCUCCACAGAGGAAUGUCCAUAACUCGGCCGGACGCUAAGAUUGCAAAGUACAAGAUGAUCAAACAUGGAAGAGACUUGCACAAUGAGGUGAAUCCAGAAAACGCUGUGAAAACACAAAAAACAGCAGAGAAUAUCGACACUGAUGGACUAAAUUCACUCAACUUUACUGUCAAAGAGAUUAUGAAGGAUGUACUGUACACUUUAAUCUCUGUGGAUGUUCAGUCGCCAUGAUGAUGAACAUCAGAAAUGAAUAUUAAAGUGGAACGGCUGUACUUACGGCUUCGCUUUGAGACGUGUGUGUUUUCCCAAACACUGCACAAGUUAAAUUUAUGAGCUUUGUUUAACAAAUAUCACAGGUAGUUUUUACUUAACAACAAACAGGAUAUUAAUUGAUACUUCAGCAUCUGCCAGCAUUUUUCCUUCCUGAAGGAAAAACUGUUUGUCCAACAAGUUAGUUUUACUCUAAUCUUCCCUUUUCUCUUUGUCUCUGUUAAAUAAUGUGUUUGAAUCUUCGGAGUGCAGUUUUGUAUUUAUCAGAGUAGUUUCUGUAUUUCCUGAAGCUGCUCAGCACCAAAUGUUUACAAAGUAAAGUGAAGGAGUCCUUUCUGUCUGUCACCUUUAUGUCGAUAUAAAACUCAUAAUUCUUGGUAAAACAUGGGCCAAGAAAGGAAAACAUCUGUUCAAAAAGAUCCUGCUGAUAAUAAAAAUAUGUUUACAUCCGUUUAUCAA